GCUUUUUUUAACAGUUUCUUAUGUAUACUAUUUUUCGAUGGCAAGUGUCUGAGCUGUAGUAUCAAAGUGCAGGUGCCAUGUUUUUUUACAGUCGUCUUUACCGACCAGGCUGGGUAUAUAACAUUGACAAGGUCUUUUCAUUUCCUUUGUCUUUUGUAGUUGUUCUUUGUUUUCCUUGUCAUUAUAGUCGUCAUCUUCAUCAUUAUCCUUUAUCAUUAACAUCACUCAUACAAUACACAUCCCCUCUUUUUUAUUUACUAAACAAUUAUAAUUCUUUCAUUUAUUUAUUUUAUACACACUAUAUCCUACAUUUUGUACUUUAUUCCAAAACUUUUAUCAUUUUCACAUGGUUGUUGCCGCAACCAAGCUUGUGCCGGCCUUUUUAGGCGGCUUUAUCUGCAUAUACGGCCUGGUCUCGGGCUUUAUGAAACAACGCCUCUAUCUUUCCGAAUCCCUCGUGGCCAUGGUUUUUGGGAUAAUUAUCGGUCCCAAGGUGUCCAACGCAUUAGACCCGCGGGACUUUGUCGACACAGAUAAUUUCACACUAGAGUUUUCACGCUAUGUCAUUGCUAUCCAGGUGGUUGUGGCCGGCAUCACAUUGCCGCGCCGCUACAUAUUGCAAAAGUGGCGGACCAUGUCUGUGCUCCUUGGUCCAGUAAUGAUUGUGAUGUGGCUUGUGUCUGCUGGAAUCAUCCAGUUGAUUUUUAGGUUAGGAUUCCUCGAGUCCCUGCUUAUUGCCUCGUGUACGGCGCCGACGGAUGCCAUUUUGGCCAACUCCGUGAUGAAGGGGAAUUACGCCGAGACUAAUGUGCCCAAGAAUGUCCGCGACGCACUUUCGGCCGAGUCUGGUAUUAACGACGGCUUCGGGAUGCUGUUUUUGUACUUUGGGCUGUACAUGCUGAACAGCAACUACUCGACGGGCUACGCUAUUGGCCGCUGGUUUUAUUGGAUCUGGUGCUACCAUAUGCUUCUCUCUAUCGUCAUUGGAAUUGUUGUCGGGUAUGUUGCGCGAAAGCUCCUGCGGCUGGCUGAGACGCACAACCUGAUUGACAAGGAGUCGUUUUUGGCGUUUUCUAUCGGCUUGGCUAUUUUCAUUGUCGGUAUUCUGCAGCUGAUCCACAGCGACGACAUCCUGUGCUGUUUUGUCGCCGGCCAUGCCUUUACAUGGGACGAUUGGUUCCGGCAGGAGACCAAGGACGCGCAUUUCCAAGAAAUUCUCGACGGUCUGGUCAAUGUGGCGUUUUUCAUCUACUUUGGCACCAUUAUCCCAUGGCAUGAUUUCAACAACGCUGUGUUGAUGCUCACCCCCUGGCGCCUCAUCGUCGCUGCCAUUAUGAUUCUGCUCCUACGCCGCAUGCCUAUUGUUGUGCUGCUCACCCGGAUAACACCGGCGUUCAGAAACUAUCGACAGUCUAUUUUUGCAGGCUGGUUUGGGCCGAUUGGCGUCGGCGCUCUUUUCUUUGCCCAGACUAUUCACAAGGACUUUAAGCACGAGCCUGAGCACUUUCACUAUGUCUCGGGGGAUAUGGUUGUGCCCAUCGUUAGUUUCCUUGUUUUCUCCUCCGUUCUAGUCCAUGGUAUCACCGUGCCCCUGGCGCAUAUCGGCAAGGUUGUGCGCAGCCGCAGCAGAUCCAUAUCGUCUGUGUCCAUCCGCAAUGGAAUUGCCAGCCGUCUGUCCUUUGUCAAUUCGCGCGAGCCCACGGGCAUCCACGGUGUCCACAUUCCAAUGAUUAACCGAAAUAGCAACAGUCCUUUGGAUCUCAUUAAUGCGCAGAGCAAGCGCAAUAGCCGGACAGUCUUUGACCUUCCCAUAACCACUGAUGACCAGUCACCGACCGCUCAUAACAGCAAGGAGCCGUCUCCCAGUGCGUCCGAGAAGGGCGGCAACAACGACGACGAGCAGCCACCCUUGCCGUCUCUCGAGCUCAGCCGCUCCAUCACCAUUGACGAUAAACCCAAGGUAUCCCGCGACCAAAUGGACAUUCAUUAUCGGAUAAAUAUCUUUCGCAGACACCACGGCCAUCAUCAGCCAUUAAUGUUGCCGCAGCGUAGGCAGACACCUUCAGCGCUCAGUAGUCCAAAGUACUCGCAUUUGCAAAUGCCCAGUCCGCCCAUUAUGCCCGUUAGAUCCCAGAGCGUGUACGAGGUUGGUGGCGAAGCGCCGGUUUCGGAUGAUGACAUGAAGGGUGUGGAUAGGCUUGUUGGCGAAGGAUUGGGCAUCAGCGUGCGCAUUGCGGAUAUGUAUCGGUCAGAUAUCACACAGGGCAGAGACAAUGAUGUAGACGAGAAGAGUCUCGCAUUGGGUACUAGCACGCCGUCAGCGGCCGAGAAUACCAAGAGUGCCACUGGGACUAUCCCAGCAGUUGUCGCUGCGUCCAAGGAGGAGGUUGUGCAGCAGGGGUAUGAGUACGACGGCCUGUUGCUAAAUGCUGACAAUGCCAUUGCCUCGCUUAAGGCCUCGCGCUCUGCCACGCGGGAAACCAGACUGGGCGCUGCCGAGAUAUUUAAGGUUCGACCCCGAACCAGUGACAUUCUGCAAACCCCUCUGCCCAUCCACUCAUCAGCACCCCCAACCAUGCCCAUGCCUAUGCCCAUUAUCGAACCCGAGACUAGCGGCAUUACCAUCAGCACUCAGAAUGGGAUUCAGUCUGGAAUUAGCAGCGGCAAUGGCAACAGCAGCGGCGCUCCAUUACGCCGACAGAGAACUCGUACAAACAGUCAGCUCAGUACGCUCCCCAUGCGGCGCAUCAUGCGUAAAAACAGAAGACAGCGUAAUGUGGCAACCGACGGCAGCGAGCAGGUUUGCCAGUUUAUCGGCAACCACAAAAAUCCGCUCGGCCGGCUAGAGAAUGGCGAGCUUGUCGACUACGACGAUCCAAACGACCAUGAUCGAGAGGAAUCGUUCACUGAUAAGAAUAUCGACGACCGGUUUAUUGACUAUUUCAGGAUGGAUAUUGGAGAAAAUAUUCGCCGGCUGACAUCCAAGCUUUCUGUUUUUGGAAGAAGCAAGCAACCAGUUGACGAUGAGGAGCGCAAUGUGGGAGAAGCCAGCAGUGGGUUUCCCGUAUAAAUAGUGUUUACUGUUUUAAUGUAAAAUACGCACAUUAUCGCAAAACAUAUACAAAUUCAUAGUAUUG